AUGAGGGCGGAGGAGGCGGAGGCAGCGGCGGAGGCGGCGGCUGUAGAGGCGGCAGUGGCGGCCGUGGCGGCGGCGGAGGCUCAAGAGGCGGCGGCAGCGGAGGCGGCGGCAGCGGCAGCGGCAGCUGCGGCAGCGUCGGCGGCGGCGACUGUCGCCGCCCUCGCUGCCGCCGCCGCGCCGCCCGCCGCCGUCCCUCUCGACGAGCUCAUCGCGGCGACCGACGGCUUUGCCGAGGCGCGCAAGGUGGGCGAGGGAGGCUUCGGGCGCGUCUACCGUUGCGACGCGCUGCCGUCGCUCCCGCGCGUCGCUUGCGGGUUCGCCGUCAAGACGGCGCUGGUCGGUGUCGGCGCCCAAGGCCUCGCCGAGCUGCAGAGCGAGGUGCGCACGCUCAGCGCGGCGUGCCACCCGUCCCUGCUUCCUCUUCUCGGCGCUUGCCUGGCGCCGGCGAGAGCGUGCCUCGUCUACCCCCUCUGCCGCGGCGGCAGCCUCGAGGACCGCCUCUACCGCGCUCCAGCCGCGCUGCAGCGGCUCCGCAUGCUCGGCUUCGAGACGCCGCCUCCGCCGCUCUCCUCCGCCGCACGGCUCCGCGUGCUGCGCGACGCCGCGAGCGCGCUGCAUUACUUGCACACGCUCUCUCCGAUGGUCCUGCACCGCGACGUCUCGGCGGGCAACAUCCUGCUCGACGAGCGCGGCAAUGGCUACCUCGCCGACGUGGGCCUCGCGCGCGCGGCAGAGGCGACGGCCGGCGGCAGCCAGCAGGUCUCGCACCUGUCGACGCAGCGUAUCUUUGGCAAGCCCGGCUACAUGGACCCGAUCAUCUCGCUGGACAACCAGGCUUCGCAGCUCACUGAUGGCUUUGCGCUCGGCAUCACGCUGCUCGUUGCCCUGACCGGCCGCGGCGCCGUC